AUGCAGGUAAACACGAGAUUUAUCUCUAAAGCUUUUCUUUUUUCAUUGUCAAUAAUUGUGAUACUAUCAAGCACAACUUACUCACAGCAAAAUAAGAAUCUAAAUCAAAUCAAAUCAACAACAUAUUUGUCAGAAAAGUUUGAAUUGGGACCCGGUGAGGUUCUAGCUAAAGGAAUUGAAGAUAUUGAAUUUCCAAGUGGUCAUAUUGGAGUCAAAAGCUUUGAUGUUGAUUUAGUUGACGAGCAAGGGAAUUCUGUACCAUUGUAUGAAACAUACAUUCAUCAUUGGUUUGCUAUAAGAUAUCACUUAAACAAGGAUAAAAAUAUGUCACAUGACAUUUAUGAUCAUUCCAAACCUUUUGGGGGUCCCGAUUACAAAAGAAAUGAUGGAACCUGCAACACGUGGAUUCUACCACAUUAUUGGGGUUUGGGAAGUGAAUCCCGAGGAACCAGUUCAAAGCUUCCAGAUCCUUUUGCGGUUGAACUAGGCAAUCCUACCAACAUUACAGAAGGUUGGGAAGAGAAAUGGCUAUUUAGCAUCAUGGUCAUUGAUACACGUGGCACGGAAGAUAGAAAAAGUUGUAGUGAAUGUAGGUGUGACCAAUUUAAUCUCCCAGAAAAUUUUUAUAAUGAGACAAAGGAUAUACAUGGUAAACCAUUGUCCCAUGAAUAUAAAGGAGGAAUCUUUUGUUGCCAAAAUUACUUUCAAUGCAAAUUGAAAAAUGGAUUUCAAGCGCCAUAUAGAAAACUUGCUCUAAGAUACACAAUAACAUGGAUUGAUUGGGACCAACAUCAAAUCCCUGUUAGAUUUUAUGUACUUGAUUCCACUGAUCGUGUUAUAAUAAAUGGUUCUGAAGUAAUUCAUGAUUGUCAGGCAGAAUAUACUAUUCCUGAAAAUAAUAGUAUUGAUCUUGUUCAUGUUCAAAAAGCAAGCAUCCCAAUGAAAAAAGGUGGUUAUCUUAUCUACGGCACUGCUCAUAUGCAUACUGGUGUUGUUAAUGCUACAUUAUAUGGACAGGAUGGAAGGAUAUUAUGCACAUCAACACCGAGAUAUGGAACGGGAAAUGAAGCAGGAAAUGAAAAAGGUUAUGUUGUUGGAAUGUCUGUAUGCUAUCCAAAACUAGGCUCAAUUAAGAUUAACGAUGGUGAAACUGUGAUUAUGGAAUCAAGGUAUAAAAAUGAAUUUCUCACUGGAGCUAUGGGACAUAUGUACUUCUAUUUGGCUGAUCGACUACCACACACAACAUAG